UUCCCACCAAACCCACCAUCAUACAAGCUCAUAAAAGAAGAAGCCACAGGUCUCUUACUCUUGGACCCAUUUCCACACCGCGAGAACGUUGAGGUUCUCAAAUUCCCCAACCGAAGAGGAACAGAGAUCGUAGCCAUGUACGUGAGACACCCAAUGGCGAAGUCCACUCUUCUCUACUCUCAUGGUAAUGCCGCUGAUAUUGGACAGAUGUAUGAACUCUUCAUCGAGCUCAGUAUCCAUUUGCGCGUUAACCUCAUGGGAUACGAUUAUUCAGGCUAUGGACAAUCAUCGGGGAAGCCAAGUGAGCAUAAUACGUACGCCGACAUUGAAGCUGCAUAUAAGUAUCUGGAAGAGAACUACGGGACAAAGCAAGAAGACAUAAUCCUUUAUGGUCAAUCUGUUGGCAGCGGCCCUACUUUGGAUCUCGCGGCUCGUUUACCCCGACUGAGGGCUGUUGUUCUCCACAGCCCUAUACUAUCUGGGUUGAGAGUCAUGUAUCCUGUGAAGCGGACAUACUGGUUCGACAUUUAUAAGAACAUCGAUAAAAUUCCAUUGGUCAAGUGUCCGGUGCUAGUAAUUCAUGGAACUGCCGAUGAGGUCGUCGAUUGCUCUCAUGGCAAGCAAUUGUGGGAGCUAUGCCAACAGAAAUAUGAACCUCUAUGGCUCAAAGGAGGAAACCACUGUAAUUUGGAACUCUUCCCGGAAUACAUUCGACAUCUCAGAAAAUUCAUAUCUACUGUAGAAAAGGCGCCGUCGCAAAGACUAAGUUUUAGGAGGAGUGUAGAUAGAGUUGAACAAUCCAGGGGAAGUGUUGAUACCUUUGAAACUCCGAGGAAGAGCACUGAUCAGAGGGACAAACCGAGGAAGAGUGUCGAUAGGACCGAGAAGCUGAAAUUCCACGAGUACAAAAUCAAUAAUGCAGACAAAUUGGAGAAGUUGCGAGUCCAUUUCGACCAGGUGGAGAGGUCGCGAAGGAGCGUGGAGUACGACAAGUCUAGAAUCAUGGACUUGCAAGAUAAGUCCAGGAGAAGCGUCGAUGUCCAGUUCGAGAGGCCGAGGAAGAGCAUCGAUUGGCUCGACAGAGUUCGCCCCGGCUAAACCAACCUCUUCUUGAAGCACAAUGUUACAUUGGAGAUACUGAAUUUGCAACAUGGGAGGGGGGAAAAUACAAAGAAGAAUACAGACACAAUUACUUACACUGAGAGGGGGGUUUUAACUUAUGGUUUGAAGAAUGCAAUAUGUUGCUCUUGCAGUUUCAUACUUCCAUUGCAAUGUUCAUGUAGAUUUGGAUAUGUUGGUAUUGGAUAUUCUUAGUUCUUCUUCUUCUUCUUCUUCUUCUUCUUAAUAUUAUUUCUUCUCAUUA